CCCCCCGGAAUCAAAGACACCCCCACAUCGAAGCCGGCCCCAUGGCGCUCUCCCCACGGCCGCUGCGUUGCGCCGCCCUCCUCCUCUCCGUCAGCCUCUUGGUCCAAAGCCGCCCCCAAAGCUCUCCCCUUCCCCCCUCCGAACCCCCUCGAGAUCCACCACCGGGAGGUCCCACCCCUUUCCCACCACCCUUGGAAGCCCAUCGAGGGUUAACCAAGAGGUCAACGGCGACGGGAAACCACCACCACGACGUCUUGAAGGACCUCAACGAUCUUCGAGUGGAAGCCAAGAGGGAUCAUCAAUGGGACGAUGAAGGUCCAGGAGGUCCCACCUCUUUCCCACCACCCAUGGAAGCCCAUCGAGGGUUAACCAAGAGGUCAACGGCCAUGGGAGACCACCACGACAUCUUGAAGGACCUCAACGAUCUUCGAGUGGAAGCCAAGAGGGAUCAUCAAUGGGAUCAUCAAUGGGACGAUGAAGGUCCAGGAGGUCCCACCUCUUUCCCACCACCCUUGGAAGCCCAUCGAGCGUUAACCAAGAGGUCAACGGCCAUGGGAGACCAUAACGAGGUCUUGAAGGACCUGGAAGAACUUGGCCGUCUCCGCGCCGAAGCCAAGCGGGAUCGUCAACGGGACCGUCAACGGGACCGCGGUUGGCCGAGUUCCAAGCAGCUCCGCCGACAGCAGAGCUUGGAACACCGUCUCUUGGAACGUCGUUACGAGGAGUUGGCCGAGAGUAGAAGACAAGCGGAAGCGGCUCGGAAAGCAGCAGCCGAAGAAGAACGUUUGGCCGAUUUAGCAUCGGAUCUUCUUCUAAGGUACCUUCUCCGAGGUCCCGGAGCCGCCGUGGCUGAAGAUAAACGAUCGGAAGAGGUUGAAGAGGAAGAAGGUGGUGAUGGGAUCCCAUCGGACGUCAGCGAUGAGGUGGAAGGCGAUGAGGGCUUUGAGGGCGAUGGUUUGGAGGGCGACGGUGGCUUUGAGGGCGACGGUGGAUUGGAAGGUGACGGUGGCUUUGAAGGCAACGGUGGAUUGGAAGACAAUGAGAUCUUUCCGAGGGGCAAUGAGGGAUUCCCGAGGGUCAACGAGGGAUUCCCGAGGGCCAAUGAGGGCUUCCCGAGGGGCAAUGAGAUCCCACCAGGAGGGAAUGAGAUGAUUCCAAGAGGGAAUGAGAUUCCAAGAGGGAAUGAGAAGGUUCUGAGAGGGAAUGAGAAGGUUCUGAGAGGUGAUGAGAUGAUUCCAAGAGGGAAUGAGAAGGUUCUGAGAGGGAAUGAGAUGAUUCCAAGAGGUAAUGAGAUGUUUCCAAGAGGAUCCCAGGAGGUCUCCGAAGGGUCGGAGGAGCCUUCUCCUCCAGACCCAUCGGAGGUGGACGACCUGGACCCCGGCACCAUCGACCAACUGAUCGAGCUGUCGAGCCGCCUCCACCUCCCGGCCGACGACGUGGUGGACAUCAUCCACGACGUCGAGCAGAAACGCAAAGAAGAAGCUCUUCUGGGGCCACCACCGAAGAAGGUCCUUCGCCACCACCCCCCGACGAUCUCCAAGCACCCAACGGGAAGGACUUUCCUGGUGGCGUCGACCCCUCUUCACCUCCGCCGCCAUCGUCCCCGAGAUCGAGAGUUGGAGAAAUAUCUCCAGAGGGUUUGGGGAGGACCUCAACGGGGCUUUCCGUGA